AGACGGACCUAUGUUACCGAGUUUCGCGUCAAUAGACACUUUUGUGUGACACAAAAAUGAAUUUGAUGUCACCUCCGUGAUAUCUUAUUUCAUCAUUAAAACGUUCAAGUUAAUAUUCAACAGAUAAAGAUGCAGUCCCCAACGGGAAGUGUAGAUUCCAAAAGUGUUACAAGCAAGACGUCGAUAAAUGUGAAACUUCCCGAUCACAUUCCCAGUCAGGAAGAACUUCAGCGUAACCUUUCCACAGCAGGGAGUCAGCAGACACCACCUGAUCAGGAUGACUUAUUUCCGCCCCACACACCGGAUUUUGGAGUCCGGCCUCUCACUACCACCCCUGUCAGCUCAAAGGAAUAUCUUUUGUCUGCAUCACCAUCCAAAAUGAUGCGACAACCCAACAGAUCGGAGAAAGAACUGAUACGUCAAGCAGCAGCUACCAUCAUAGAAAGAGCAUGGAUCGCCUACAGAGACAAACAAAUGUUCCGACUCCUGAAACAUGCCGUGUGUGCUGCAGAAAACUCAUUAUCGAAGGAAAUAUUGAGGAAAGUUUGCCCAAAAGAAGCUGAGCUGUUGAGUGACAAAAGUGUUCAAGUACGGGUUCGAUUCAGAUUUGGUGGUGGAGAAUUUCCUCCAAUGAUUUUCUUUAAAGUGUUUAUACACACGGCAGGGAAGGGUGUCAAAUACAUGAGUGGUCGCAAGCUCAUCAAACCAGCCUCCGAGGCGUCAGAAGACUCCCUGAGGUUGAUGGGUAACAGACAGUUCUAUGAUCAGAUGCUACGAGAUGCUAUAUUCCAACAGCAGUAUAGAGUCACGGACGAAAUAGAUGUGACCACUCUCAAGGAUUAUAUGCAGUACCUAGCAAAUACAGAUGAAAGCCCAGCCAGUAUGGGAGGCAAAGAGAAUUACUGGAGGAAGCUAACACUGGACGAUCUGUCCAGGAGGACAAUUUUCUAUGACAUUGUGGAUUUCCUGUACAAUCAGCGAAUCAGUCCACGCCUCCAGGGAGAGAUCCCUAUCCUGAUACAGCGCCCCCUAUCACAGGAGAUCAAAAUUCAGCACAUCAGGGCCGUCUCACAGCUCAGGUCAGAGACUGUGAUACUUCACGCCCCCUUACCCACUCCCAAGUCAAAGAUGUCGGGGCUCAUCAGUGGUGCUAGUCAGCAUUCCAGUCGACGUUCCCGUCAAGCCAAGGUUAGAGCGAUGAAGAUGAGGAAGAUGUACGGUAUGGAUAAGGGACCCGAGUACUACUCUGAGAUAAGUUCAUGUACAAUCCCAUCACCUGGAAAGCUGAGCCUGUUUUCAUCUCGUGGCCAGAUCAGUGCUAUAUCCUACUCCCCCCAGAGCAGUUACAAUUAUUCUUCACCAACAAAGACGAUCAGUAUAUUCUCACGAUCACCAUCAAAGACUGGCAGUCGUCUGGACUCUCGGGGGCCAACAGCUUUAUCGGAGGAGCCUGACGACUACUUUGACAAGCUCGGAAUCACCGGUGAGGAGGGAGAAGAGGGUGAGCAAGCUGGGGGCGAAGAGUGGGAGAAAGAGGCAGAGAAAUUAUAUGAAUGGACUCAAGAGUUAUCCUUCAAUGACGAGCUAAUCAGUACACCUUACUUACCGGUGACGACGUAGCAGGAUUCUGUUUUACACCUAGGAUGUAGGAGAAAGAAAAAGGCAUUGCGGAGAGAGUUUGCAGAGGAUGUUGUUUGUAAUUUUCAAUGACCUUAAGAAUCCAAUAUGCUGUAUGGUACUCAAUUUUGUGAAAAUUACAUUUUCUGUAUAUCGGAGCAUUGGAAAAGAAUUGUCAAAAUCUGAAUCUAAAAAUCAGGUUUACUUGAGUAGAGAGUCGCUUCGUACAUUUUAUCAUCUGUGCAGUGUUGCACGAAAUUAAAACCUUGCAAAGUUGUUCCAGAAACACAAUUGCUGCAAUGUAAACUCGUAAAAUUAAGUUGCUUUACCAAAGUGUUUCCAACUGGUUGGAUCAUCAACAAACGAAUGAAGCUUUGUGUCUUGAACAAUGAUUUGUUGAGCAAGUUGAUUGUUUACAAUAUGACGCACUGUUUGUCUCUUUUACACGAGUUGUACUUUAAUGGUAUAAUCAUGCAAUUACAGUUUGUAAUUUCAUAUUUUUAUAAACUGCACAAGAAGUGCUGUGAGAUGAUUCGAUGUAUUGUAUAAUUACAUGUUUGAUCACUUUAAAUUGCAAUCACCUUUGUUCCUAAAUAUCAAAUGAGAGCAUGCAUUGUAACAAAUCAUCUGAACAUUCUCGGGAUGAUCAUGAUCAUUAGGCAAUGCCCCCAUGUUUGAGAUAUUUUUGUUUACUUUUUGUCUUUAAACACCAUUUUGAUCUACAUAAAUGAGUACACCAAUUGAUUACUCUUUUUCGCCGUUACCAGAAAUAUGUGACACCUUCAACACUAUUUGAAUAAUCCUGGAACCACCCCUGACAUUUUCACUUGCCACUUUAAGUAUUUGUUUAGCCUCAGGGUGAUGCCCAACUUUAUUUGAGAUGCCCUUGAUUACAUUGCCUGGGACUCAAACAAGGGAGGCCCCAGUGUUUGCCUAAAAGGAGACGUCUGUAGUAGUCCUUAAUACAUCAUUUAAAACUAAACCCUAAACUCUUAUUGAGUGUUGUGCACUGGUGUUUAGAAAGGUUUCUGAUGUAAUUUAGAUAUUCAGUAGCUUUCUUUGCAUUUCAAGUAAAAAACAUAACACAGUUUAUUUUAAUCAUUUUAAUCUUUCAACAAUUUGAAAUAAAAACAAAAAUGCUGGCCAUAUCGUUCAGCUUUUUUAAAAACAUUAAUAUUCAUAUACAACAGAAAGAUAAAUUACUGGCAUUGUUUGUUGAUCAAUCUCUUACUUAGUUGUCCUAUUGAUUUUGGAAAUUUAAAACGAUUGUAGUUUGUAGAAAAUCUUUUGUGUUGCUUUUUGUAUCUUCUUUUGGUCAUGAAAUAACAACCCUUUUGUCUUUCAAUUUAUUAUGUGUAUGUCUGAAAUACUUACAUGUGACUUUUAAAAACCUUUCUUGGGAGAGAGAGAAGAGACAUGUUCUUUGUAACAAUGUAAUGUUAGUCCAAAUUGGGUUACACAAGAAGCAUUCACAUAGGUGUGACCUUGACAUAUACGAUCUGAUUGGUCAUUUUGUCUAUCUAUAAUGUGGUACCUAGUUAUUCACUUUUGUCUGUAUAAAACAUGGGACCUGAUUGGAUAUUGUGUUUAUGUAAGUUGAUAACUUUAUUGGUCAUGCUGAUUGUGCUAUAUGUUUGAAAUGAAACUAGAUUGGUCGUUAUGUGUAUGUAAUGUAAAACCUUAUUGGUUCAUUGCUUUUGUGUAAAAUGAGUCCUGAUUGGUCGUUCUGUCAAUGUAUUGUGGAACCUUAUUGGUUUGUCCUCUCCAUGUAUUGUGAGACCUGGUUGGUCUAUCUGUCUAUGUAACAUGGAACCUUAUUGGUUCAAUCUGACUGUGUGAAGUGAGAUUCCAUUGGUCUGUUCUGUCUAUGUUAUAUGAGAUAUGACUGGCCAUCCUGUCAGUAUGUUGUGAGACAUCAUUAUGUCAUCUGUUAACUUUAAAAAUGAAAUCGAGAACUGUUCUAAAAUGAAAUCGUCUGUGAUAUUGUUGAACACAUAUACAUUCAAACUUAAUUAUCACAUAUAAUUGGAUCAAGGUUUAGUAUACAAACACAACGUUGUAAUAACAAUAUCUUUUGACAUAAUAUUUUUUUGCAUAGCUAUAAUAUUAACUGAACAGUAUUUGUUAUGGAUAUUUUCAGUAUCCGGUUCCAUAAAAUUGCUUUACCGGGACGGGUUUCUUAAUAAGCAUAUUACAUUCCUAAUAAAUACAUAUAGCACACCCAAAAAACGUAACACUCCCCAUAAAACAUAUGACACUCCCAAUAACACAUAUUGCACUUCUUUAAGGAAUAAGAUAUUCCUCCCAAAAAACAUACUCCCUGCAAGUCUUAUUAUACUUAUCAACUGUUGUGAUAACUGAGUGCAGCAUCAAAUACCUAAUAAUUCCAUAACUCCAGAUUUAGAUAUUGAAUAUUAUAUCAGAAUUUACGUCAAUUUCCAAUGAAAGAUACAAGACAAGCAAGAGUAUGACAUAAAUUGAUUUAUAAUUCACAUACCUACUAAAUACAGACGUUUUUUUUAUAGUUGAUACCUUUUAUGUUCAAAGCUGUAUGAACUCAGUCGUAUCCUACUCUUUUUAACUUGUAUGUUUAGACCCUCAAUGAUACCCAGUUUAUCAUAUCCCUUCAGAAUAUUUCUAUUGGACUCUCUUUAUCAUAUGUCUUAUUCGUUUUAACUACCGUCAGUUCUUAAUUGUAACCACAUUAUCAUAUCCCUUCAGAACACCAUAUACCCUUUCUCAUCCGUUUUUAUCACAGUCCUUCGUGAUAUCUAUGGAUCUAGCUAUUGGACCCAUUUAUCGUAUGGCUAGAUCAUCCUCGUCUCCGUCCAUCAUACCCAUUUAAAACAACUCUGUUGGAUCCCUUUCAUAUUAUGGCUUGACCCUUUUAUCAUCUCCAUAUUUAAUACCCUUUCGGAACACCCCUGUUCGACCUCUUUAUCUUGUGGUUAUCUUUGUCAUGCCCCUCCAGAAUAUCUGUGAAGUAAAUGUAUAUAUCAUAAAUAAAACAUAUAUAGCUCAGAUCAUUUCCUCACAGCCCUGAUGACAAUCAGCUCGAGGGUUUAGGGUCCUGCUGAUAAGGGGUAUGACAAAAAUAGCGAUUUGUUAAUCUCUCAUUGUCUUGUUAAUGUUUACCAUGUAUGUGUCAAUUUCAAUUUGAUGAAAUAAAUAUAUUUAUAUACAUUCGGAAAGAAUUUUAAGGGGUUUUUUUAAAUGCAGAAAAAAAGGACAUUUUUGAUAUCACAGGUAUAUAUAAAACAGUUUUUGACGGCUGCUUGAUGAAAGAGUGUUUUGAGUUGACACAGUACGGUCAUUUAUCUGUUAUUAACAUUUUUAUGACAACAAUUUGACUUCCGCGUUAAUCUAAGUAAAAUUUACUUGAAUAAAUCCAUAUAUCACUCGAAAGUUUAAAAAUAUUUGUUUUGUCAAUAAGAUUGGCAUAUUCAUUGCUAUUUUCUCAUUGUUCUUAUAUUCUCAGAUAAAAGAGAACAAAAUCGUCAUUAGGAUUAAUAAUUCAACACAUGUUGGGGACUAGGUAAUGAAUAACUGAUGUCAUAUGCUUGUUGAUCAUUUUCAAAGAGUGGUUAAAAUCAAAAUUGAUAAUCUCAUAUCAUAAACAUUAAAUGACUGACCGGAUUUAAAAA